AUGCUUUUGAUAGGUCGAGAGCUCGAGGGCAUCUGGCACACUUCCAUAGUUGUGUUUGCACAUGAGUUCUACUUUGAUGGCGGCGUUGGAAUCAUACGAGAGGCACGCCCCGGUCACACCCGUUUCGGGGCACCUUACCGCACUGAACAUCUGGGCGACACUGAGAGGAGCGAAUCUGAGUUUUUAUUGUGGGUUCGACAGCAGUCUCGAGAUGACAGCAAUUUCGGCCCCAACGGCUAUGAUUUGCUCCGUAACAAUUGCAACCAUUUCACACAGGCUGCCUCACAGUUUUUAUUAGGUCGUGACAUUCCAAGCGUUGUGCGAGAUAUGAUUCCAAUGCUGCUGAACACUCCCCUUGGGCGGAUGCUACGACCCCUUCUCGAUCGAUCAACUUCGCACCAUGAGAUGAAUAGCGUAACUGGGGGCAGUGAUGGCGCUUUUGCACCCUCAGCUGUAUCAUCUUCGGCUUCUAGGACAGGCACGACUCCGGAUUAUUCUAUGCCGUCCACUUCUGACCAGCAGUCUACCGUUGAGGGUUUAUUAAACCCCAGGUCAUCUUUUACUGAGGGUGAAGAGGAGGACUUGAUGCUCGCCAGGGUCAUGCUUGAAAGUAAUGAGCUUCUUGGAGACAAUACUAAUGAAGAGGGUGUUCGAAUUACGGUACAAGGACUUGAGUUAUUGCAACGUAUCCUUCAAAAUAUCAUCAAUAACCCCCGAAAUGCCAGCUAUCGUAGCUUUUCUACCAAGAGCGAAACUUAUGUCACAAAGCUGAAACCAAUCGAACAUUUUGGAGUUUCAAAUCUGCUUUCUUUAGUAGGGUUUCGUUUCCAGACUCAGGAUGUCGACACCAAUAUUGGAAGAUGGAUCUUGAGCGAUGCGGACGGUAGUCAAGCACUGCUUCGUCGUGUAGUCGAUGUGAUUGAUGAUAUAAUAGAAAAUGUAAAUUACAACGCAGCAAUUGCAAUGAGCUCGAGGGAUCAGACUGAGCCACGCACAUAG